CGGCGUGCGUGUAUCUAUACUAAUAAUUUAUUGUAAUUAAAAUAAUAUUUUUUUUAAAUACCUUCACAAGGAAUACAAUAUAAGACUAAUAAAUAUUAGAUUCACAUGAUUAUUCACUAAGUUUUCAUCAGAAAUCAUAAUACGAAUUACAAAACCGUACUAUAUACAUUAUGUACAGAGAAAUACCGAAAGCAGAUCGUAAAGUAGAACGUCCUUGCAACCCGAGAUGUAAUGCAAAUAUUUUUGAAAUUAUCACAUACCGUUGGAUGUCAAACCUAUUUAAAAUAGGACGGCACAGGGAUUUAAUUGAAACAGAUUUGUAUACGACAUUAGACGAUCACACAUCAUCAUCAUUAGGCGACCAAUUAGAAAAGACAUGGAGAUCGGAGUUGGCCAAUGCAUAUUUAGCGAAUCGAAAGCCGAAAUUUUUAAGAGUUUUGAUCCGAAUGUUUGGUGCCAAAUAUAUGUUUCUCGGAUUUAUACUUUGCAUACUUAACACUAUAUUCAAAAUAUCUGAACCUAUAUUAAUUGGUGAACUAUUGGAAUAUUUUAAUCCUGAUAAUUCCAAAAACUCUGAUAUAAGAUAUGCAUACAUAUGCACAUCUGGUUUAGUAAUCAGCUUAUUUAUAACAACAAUCAUAGAAUAUUUAACGUAUCAGGAAGUCUUCAAUGAAUCGAUGAAGGUGCGAGUUGCGUGCUCGUCUCUAAUUUAUAGAAAGACAUUAUUUCUGAGCAAUAAAGCUCUUGGUGAAACAACAGUUGGCCAAAUGAUAAAUUUGAUAUCGAAUGAUGUAAAUCAUAUCGACAUUUCAUUACAAAAAUUACAUAAUUUAUGGAUUGGACCUUUGCAAACAAUAGUGGUUACAUAUUUAUUGUGGCAGGAAAUUGGCGUGUCCUCGUUAAUUGGAAUAUCAACCUUUUUUUUCUUUAUCCCGUUACAAGGUUGGAUGGGGAAAAAAAUGUCUGAAAUCCAUUUAAAAACGACAAAGAAGACCGAUGAGAGAAUACGUCUUAUGAAUGAAAUCAUUUUGGGAAUACAGGUGAUCAAAAUGUACACUUGGGAAAAACCUUUUAGUAAACUUAUAGAAUAUGUGAGAAAAAUGGAAGUUGAACAGAUUAAAGGAUCGACAUUUAUUGGAUUCAUUUCUAUUUCGUUCAAAGUAUUUCAAACAAGAUUUCAAUUAUUCGUCAGUAUUGUAUUGUACAUCUUACUAGGAAAUCACAUAUCUGUGCACAAAGUUUAUGUUCUUACAUCAAUAUACUCAGUGUUGCAUGUGUCAAUGGUAGUACUGUUUUCUUCUACUUUGUUGAAAAUUGGUGAAUUUAUUGUAUCCAUUAAACGCAUCGAGAACUUCUUAUUACUCGAGGAAAAGAAUCAAAUAUCAAAAUGUUGUUUGAAAUCUGACACAUCAGUGGAAUAUGAUGUUAUUAAAUCACAAAAUGCUGAUGAGAAGAUUAAAAAUGACUAUAAGGAUUUUGAAAAAGAAACUGAACUUAAUGAUGAUAAUGGUAUAGUCAUUAUAAAUGCUACUGCAAAAUGGACGGACGAUCAAAAUAGUAACACAUUAGAAAAAAUUAAUUUAACCGUAAGACCUGGACGAUUGCUUGCAGUUAUUGGAUCAGUAGGAGCUGGAAAGAGUUCAUUAAUACAAGCAAUUUUACGGGAAUUGCCAAUUUCUGAAGGCAGAAUUUCAGUGCAUGGAGUAGUGUCUUAUGCACCACAGGAACCGUGGAUAUUUUCUGGGUCUGUUCAACAAAAUAUCCUAUUUGGAUCACCGAUGGAUAAAGAACGAUUCAAACAAGUUGUUGAUGUAUGCGCACUAAAAAGCGAUUUUGAACAAUUUCCACUUGGCGAUGAGACGAUAGUGGGAGAAAGAGGAAUAACCUUAAGUGGAGGACAAAGAGCUAGAAUUAAUUUAGCGAGAGCGGUUUACAAACAAGCAGAUAUUUACUUACUGGAUGAUCCUCUUUCAGCUGUUGAUGUUAAAGUUGGCAAGCAUUUAUUUGAAAAAUGCAUUUUAGACUACCUAAAAGCAAAAACAUGUGUUCUUAUUACGCACCAAGUACAAUAUUUAUCAGACAUUGAUCAAAUUGUUCUAAUGGAUAAUGGAAAUAUAGUAAGUGAAGGAUCUUAUCAAGACCUAAAAGCUUCCAGUUUUGACGUUGCAAAAUUACUUGAAUCUUCAGAGGAUACUAAUAUUGAAAACGAAAAUGAAACAACUAAUAUCAAAAUCAAUAGUGCCAAAUCACGCUUGGUUUCUUCUCUGCAUCAUGGAUCCAACAAGAGCAUUAUAUCGUCUAAAUAUGAAAAUCAAAUUACUGAUGACAAAUAUUCAAACCCCAAUGCCAUAUCACCUCCCCAGUCAUAUGAAUAUAAUUCCAAAAAUAUAUUUAUAUCAUACAUUUUGGCUGGUGGAAGCACAAUUAACAUUUGGUUUUGUAUUUUUAUGUGCAUUUUAACUCAAGUUCUAAUUACCAGUGGAGAUUUUUGGCUUAGUUUUUGGGUUAAUCAGGAAGUUUAUGAAUUUCAUAAACUUUUAAAUACAUCUCACGAUACUAAUACAUCAGUGUCUCGUGAUUCAUAUAAUAGUGCAUCAGCGUCAUUGUUGUUGUCAAAUUUCCAGCAACAUUUUGUUAUUAUUUAUGUUUUAUUAAUUGUUUCCCUGAUAAUAUCAGGUAUCAUCAGGUCUGCUAUAUUUGUUAAAAUUACUACAAAAGCUUCAAUAAAUUUACACAAUCAAAUGUACGAUUCCAUUAUAAGAACCAGUAUGUUUUUUUUCAAUACAAAUUCAUCAGGACAGAUAUUGAACCGUUUUUCUAAAGACAUGGGAGAGAUGGAUAAAACUUUACCAAAUAUUUUUUUGGAUUCUAUUCAAACUAUUUUGUUUAUUCUGGGAACUGUAUUUAUUGUUGCAUCAACUAAUAUUCAUCUUAUUAUACCAACAAUUAUCGUGGGAAUUAUAAUUUACAAACUAAGAUAUUUGUGUUUUAAUACAUCUCAAUGUGUCAAAAAAUUAGAAGGAACUACACGAAGUCCAGUAUUAGCUCAUAUGAAUGCAUCAUUACAAGGUUUAACAACAAUAAGAGCAUUUAAAGUAGAAGAUAUUUUAUCUAGAGAAUUUGAUAAACAUCAAGAUUUACAUACCUGUGCUUCACAUUUGUGUAUCUGUUUAAAUCAAGGAUUUGGGUUUUGGUUGGAUAUAAUCUGUAUUAUUUAUAUCAGUAUUGUAAUAUCCAGCUUUUUACUAAUCGACAACAAUAUGUAUGGAGGAAGUGUUGGUCUAGCCCUUACACAAGUGAUGGCAUUACUCGGUAGGAUUCAAUGGGGGAUAAAACAAUCCACAUCUUUAGAAAUCCAUAUGGUACCAGUUGAAAGAAUAUUCGAAUACACACAUUUGCCAUUAGAAGAUACUCUUCAAUCUACUACUAAAAAAACACGACCAAAAGGGUGGCCUUAUGCUGGUAAAAUUGUUUUCAAAGAUUUUAAUUUACGUUACAGUUCAGAUUCACCAUAUGUAUUAAAAAAUCUAAAUAUUCAAAUUCAGACAAUGGAAAAAGUGGGUAUUGUUGGUAGGACCGGCGCAGGUAAAUCGUCCUUUAUCGGAGCAUUGUUUAGAUUAACUCUGAAUGAAGGCAAAAUCAUCAUUGACGGUAUAGAUAUACACGAAUUAGAACUGAAUGACCUCAGAUCUAAGUUGUCCAUUAUUCCUCAAGAACCAGUAUUAUUUUCUGGGACAAUGCGAACAAACAUAGAUCCAUUUGACGAAUACCCGGAUCAUGCUCUUUGGAAUGCACUAGAUGAAGUAGAACUCAAAGAGUUCGUAGAAGAUUUGCCCGACGGUCUAAACUCGAAAAUUUCCGCGAGUGGAUCAAAUUUCAGUGUUGGUCAAAGGCAAUUAGUUUGUUUGGCUAGAGCAAUAGUACAAAAAAAUAAAAUCCUGAUAUUGGAUGAGGCCACCGCCAAUGUCGAUCCAAUGACUGAUAAGUUGAUUCAAAAUACAAUUAGAAAUAAAUUUAGGUUUUGCACAGUACUAACAAUUGCUCACCGUCUAAAUACUAUUAUGGACUCCGAUAAAGUACUAGUUAUGGAUUCUGGAAAAAUAAUUGAAUUUGACCAUCCAUAUACUUUGUUGAAAAACACUGAUGGAUUUUUCUACAAAAUGGUAGAACAGGCAGGAAAGGAUACUGCUUGUUUUUUACAUGCUGUGGCAUCUGAGAAUUUUACAAAAGUCCGGUCUCCAGUUGAUGAAAAAAUCUGAGCAAUCAAAUUUUUGAAUAAGUUUUUUUAAAUAGAGUCUUCGUUUGUCAAUCACAAAUGUAUCGUUAUAGUCUAUAGAAUAAUUACAUUUUUGUUCCCUUCCUUGUAUGUUUCUCAGCUAUCUCUAUUUCAACUAAAAAAUAAAUAAAUAAUUGUAAUUAUUUUUUGAAGUACCUAUAAGCAUGGUAUAUUAUGGUAGUAAUAUAUAAUCUAAUAGUAUACAGUAAAUAUUUGAUAUUUUAGAUUCUGAGCGGAGUGAUAAAUGCAUUUAUUUUACAAUUAUGUGUUUUUUAAAAUUUUUUUUUAUGUGCCUGACAUCACCUCUUGUCAUCUGAGGACAGUAAAAGUGCUCAGAUUUUCUUCAACAUUAUCUUUUCUGAUAGGAAAGUGAAUCUUGUUGGUACUAACCUUUGGGGGGUCUUUAAAUUGAUUUCCAGUAAUUUUCAAAAGCGCCGUGAAAAACAAAAGAAAAAUUAAUGAAAACGGGAAUUUUUACGCAAAAAUUUGGUUUUGGUUUUUGGUGUAACUCUAAAACAAAUAACCGUAGAUACCUUAAAUUUUUUCUGAAUGUUUAUAUAAGCAUUUUCUAUACACCAUAACAUUUUCAAAAUAUUUUGUCUUAUUUUGAACUGUUUACGGGCAUUUUAAGUUUCCGGUUUUUUUUAUUUUUAGAUUCUGGAACGAUGAAUGUAUUGAUUAUACAUUGAUGUGUGUGUUUUUUUUUUAUUUUUAUUUAUUUUUUUUUCUUUGCCGUAAAAGUGCUUGGUUUUUCUUCAACAGUAUCUUUUUUGAUAGGAAAGUGAAUCUAGUUGGUACUUUGGGGGCUCAAAAUUAUUUGAUUUUAAAAUUUGUUUACAUUUCUUGAUAGAUUCUGCAUCGUUUUCAUCAAGCAUAUCAAUUACGCGUUCAAUUAUUUUAAAAUGAUUGCAAUAGUAUGAAGCCGCAUCUAUCCAUGUACCCCACCUGGUCAAAAUAGGCUGCGGAGGUAAUAGAAUAUCAGGUGCAACAGAUUUUAAUAUUUGAAUACGUGACGGCGCCUUAAGAAAUGAUUUUUUUACAUUGGAUACGAGUUGAUCGACGUUUUUAUACUGGUUUCUUAUUUCUUCAGCAACACGGUGAAGCCCGUGUGCUAGACAAGUAACAUAUAUUACUUUAGUAUACAAAUUUUGAAUUGCUUUACCGGUCUUCAUCAUGUAAGGCGCGGCGUUACUUACAAAUAAAAUCACUUCAUCGUAUUUUACACCCCGUGGCCAGAGCAUGUUCAAUGAUUGGUCAAAAAGCUUAAAAAUUGUGGAAUGGUUUGCUUUUUGUAUUUGGUAUCAUUAUCGGGAAUCACGCGUGUGGUGUACCGAUAAGUAAUAAUACAUUUAUAAUUUAUAGUAAUCGCCGAUCGACUUAUACUCCUCUUAUAAAUAAUUGUCAAAUAUGCACUUAUAAAAUGAAAAAUGGUCAAAUAUGGUCAUUACUAAUGACUAAUGAAUUAUGAUGUUUCUUUAGUGACGAUAUACCUAUUAUUACCAUAGUCCAUAUAUCCAUAAGGUUAUAGGUCUAUGAUUAUUACUGUGUGCGUGCGUUAAUUGGUUGCUCACAGUUCAGUCACUUAAUCACGCCCUCUCAAUGUAAGAGUGUAGGCUUACACUGUAAGUAACAUAGGUAAGGCUGGUCAAUAAGUAUAAUGUCUAUAAGUAUUAUACAAUCGAUACUAAAUGCUGUUGGAGAUAGGACGUUUGUAUACGAUAUUAACAAUAAUACAUCAUAGGUAUUAUCAAUUUAUAUAAUAUACUACAGUUCGAGUUUUAAUAACUGACAAACCUUUUUUUUUAUUUAUCCUCUAAUAUUCCUAUACACUGAAUGUUGAACAUUUAAAAUCGCUGUUUACGGCGAACAUAUCGUGUUUCGAAAACGCAGAUG